GUAGUUUUUCGAAAUGGAACUUUACUUGCCAUUCAUUGGUUAAUGAGGAGGAAGUCACCGGAAGUCAGCAAUGUAGCUUGACUGGCUAAGUCCCGAAACGGAAAACCUCUUAAGAGGUUGUGUGAAACCACAAUUGUUUAUGCCUCUGAUUUUCUGUUUAUCAGUCGCAGUGAUCACAUCGCUCCCAAAUAAUUGUUCUAAAUCGCUGUGAUAUUUAUAGCCGACUUUAUGUACAGAAUGCCAUUAGCCUUCAAUAGCAAAGUAGAGCUACUGCAGCUAACAACAGAGACGGAUGAUGCUAUUUACGAUGUUGAAGCUUUUAAAUGUUUGUAAUUUAGUGCUACAAGACGAGCCUGUGCUCCACCCUCUGGGGAUUACCACCUCGUCCGUGAACACCUCCUCUGUCCUUUUCAGCUGAGAACCGAGAGACUUGUAACACCCAGAACUACUGACCAAGACAACAGAACAACAGAAGAUCCAGAUGACAUGGCUGAAACCUUGAUUUAGUAGAAUGUGUGAAGGUUGAAGACAAAGAUUGUGAAAAGGAGAAUCCCAGGUGGAGCGAGGAUGUCUGAGAUAAAGAAGGUUGAAGCUGGUGAGUUUGGAGGGCUCCGCUCAGAGCCCCUCCUAUCUGCAGCAUCCACAUCAGAAGAGGAGGAGGAGACACAAGACAACAAAGAGUUCAUUCAUCAAAUGUUGGUGAUUAAAGUGGUUCCUGAUGACUGGAGUCCCAGUUCGGACCAACCCAACCCAGAUUUUCCCUCCAUAAAAGAGGAAGAGGAGGAACUGAGGGUCAGUCAAGAAGAAGAGGAGCUUACUACGAAGAGCAAAGAUGAAAAGAAACCCCAGUUAUCAGUUCAUCAGAUCAAAACUGAAGACAUUAUGGAGACAGAGGCUCCUGUCAGGAGCUCAACUGAAGAGCUAAAAAUGGACUCUGACGAAGACAACUGUGGUGAACUAGAAAGAGACAACAUCACAGAUCCAGUGUGUUCUUACCAACAUCGUAAGAUAACAGUUCACAGAAGUGAAAAAACAUCUAAAUUGUGUUCCAAACUUAUGGCUCAGACUGGAUUACACACUGGAGAAAAGCCCUUUAGUUGCAAUGUCUGUGGUAAACGAUUCAAACAUAAGACCAAUUUUAAACACCAUAUGAAAAUUCACAUUGAAAACAGAGAACAUAACUGUCAACUUUGUGGUAAAGGAUUUAAAGCUAAGCAUUUUCUUCAAACGCAUAUGAGGCUUCACACCGGAGAAAGGCCAUUUGCAUGCGAUGAUUGUGGGAGAAGGUUUCAUGCUAAGGCAGUUCUUAAAAGUCACCUGGAGGUUCACUCUGGAGAAAGGGCUUUUUCCUGUGACAUUUGUGGUUCAAGAUAUAAAAGGAAGGAAACUCUUAAGAAGCACAUGUGGGUCCACACGGCAGAGAGACCCUUUGUUUGUAGAGUUUGCAGUAAAGGAUUUUAUCAUCAAAACAGUCUAAGGAUUCACAUGAAUGCUCACACAGGACAGAGACGGUUUAUAUGCAGCGUUUGUAGUAAAGGAUUUGCAGAACAAGAGACUCUGAAGAGACACAUGCGUGUUCACACGGGAGAGAAGCCGUUUAUUUGUGGUUUCUGCUGCAAAGGAUUUUCACAGCAGAUUCAUUUAAAGAGACACAUGCGUGUUCACACCGGUGAGAAGCAGUUUAUUUGCAUUGUUUGUAGUAAAGAGUUUUCUCAACAGCAUCAUCUGAAAAACCACAUGGAAGUUCAUACCGCCUCAUUUAGCUGCAGUGAUUGUAGUAAGCGUUUUGUGAAGGAAAUCCAGUUACAACGACAUGCCAGAGUUCACACAGAGGAGAGGCCGUUUGGUUGUGAUGUCUGUAAAAGCAGAUUUAAUCAAAAGUGUCAGCUUGAAAAUCACAUGAGAGUGCAUUCGGGAGAGAAACCAUUUGUCUGUGAUGUUUGCAGUAAAGGGUUUUCCCAACAAGGAAAUCUGAAGCGACACAUGGUUGUUCACAAGGUCUGCAACUAAUGAUUAUUUUGAUAGUUGAACAAUAUGCCAGUAAUUUUCAAGUUUUCAGCAACUACCUUUAUUUUGCAACUUAUCGAUGCUCCAAUGCCUCUGAAUUUAUGAAAAAAUUCUCAUCUUAAACUAAAAUGGACUUGCGAAUCUCUACUUUGCUUUGAUCAGCUGUAGGUCAAAAUCUUAAACUCUUAAAAACAAGUCAGAACUGAAUGAAAUGUUUUUUACUUGUUACAGCAAAAAGAUGAAAAAAGUAAAAUGGGUUAUUUUCAACAACACUUUUUACUAUGACUGCCAAUGACAAUAUUUUUCCUUCCUGUACAGUAGUUUAAUUUAAUAUAUCACUGUUUAUGUACCUCAGAAUAACACGUAAACAAAGAUUUGCACUUAAAAGUACAAAUGGUAUGUAUUUCUAUCGCUCCAUUAUUGCAAAGAAAUUAUGUAUUUCCACAUAAAAAGCCAGAGUUCUCAGAAUCUCAAAUAUUAAGAGAUAGAGAUAGAAAAUCCAAAUAGACCCUGAUAUCAUCAUGAGUAAAAUACCUAAAGCAACUGAAUUGAUCUCUUUAAUACCCUCUGUGGCUUCUGUCUUGUAUUUUAUGUUCAUUGGACUUGAGACGAUUCUUGUCCGUGAUUGGUGGAGGCAGAAGGCAAAUUUGUGACCUGAGAAGAGGAUUACUUUAUGAUGGACCAAAUAUAUGUAAAUAGUUUUUAUACUGGCUUAUGAUCAAUUCACAAUCUAUGAUCACCAUACCUCUGUUACAGGUGGAAAUUUGCAUUUUUUGCUACAACCUGUUACCAUGCAUCUUUCCUUUGAAAAGAUUAAUUAAACAUUGUACGCUGUGUCUAUAAAUAAAAACGGUCUAAAGCG